GAAGCUCUUUGGAGAUAGCUCUCAAGCAACUCAUUACCCUUCACCACCAUGUCCUGGCCUGCGAUGGGCUGACCUGCGACUCUAUGGAUAUCCACCGAUCACGUUUCGUGCCAUACCCGACACCAGGCGUCAACGCCGUCGCCUUUUCUCGAUCCAGCGAUGUCGAUUUACCCAAAGGAAUACCGCAGCCGCCGCUGAAACUCGCCCUCGGACGCCAGAAUGGCGACAUUGAGAUUUGGAAUCCUCAGCAAGGGAAAUGGGUUCAAGAGACGGUGCUUUCGGGGGAUGAGAAUUCGGUAGACGGACUGCUAUGGACUCGUGAAGCGGACGAGAGGGAUGGGGAAGGAAACGUUCUGUUGGGACAAUAUCGCCUGUUCAGUAUUGCGACUUCGCCGACUGUCACAGAGUGGGAUCUGGCUGUGGGUGCGCCGAAAAGGAAGUCGACCGGCAACUUCACCCAAGUCUGGUGUUUUGCCGCGCAGCCUCAUGGGUCUGAUGGUAGCUCACCUCAACGAUCUCCGGACUUGGUCGCUGGCACGAUCGAUGGUGCGAUUGUCUUGCUCUCCACGGAGGAUGGGGAUCUUCAAUUCAAGCGCUUCCUCGCUCGCGUGUCCAGCCGGAAACCCAAGUGUCUGAGCAUCGCAUAUCAGACUCGUGAGCGAGUGAUUGCUGGCUUCGACGACAGCAGUAUCAAGGUUUUGAACGCUCAGAAUGGUGCGAUUAUCAGGACGAUGAGCGUUGGCGUUGGCAUUCCUGGUGCUCCGAAAAACAGCAUGGUGUGGCAGGUGAAAUGCUUGCCGAAUGGUGACAUUAUAUCUGGGGACUCGAACGGCGAUGUCCUCUUCUGGAGCGGCCGAUCAUAUUCUCUGACGCAACGAGUUGGUGGAAACAAGUCAGAGGCUCUGGACCUUGUGACCAGCGCGGACGGAAAGACCAUUUUCAAAGGGAGCUUGGACGGGAGGAUUACAGUUUUGCGGCACACGACCAACCCCACAGGACGUCAAGCAUGGGCUAAGAGCCAUCAUCGAAAGAUUCACGGUGGUGAGGUCAAGACGAUGACUGCGUUUGAUGGCAAGGGCAUGAGCGUGGUCGUGACUGGAGGGAGUGACAAGACUGCUGUGGUGACCCCACUCCGCGAAUAUGGAAAGGAGCAAGGCUGCAGUUUGAACAGUCUGCCACAACAAUCUCCGGUGAGCAGCGCUCGUCAGGCGAGACUGCUGGUUAGUUGGUGGAACAAGACCAUUAGCAUCUGGAGGAUCGCUCGUCGUCAGUCUGUUGAGCUCUCGCCAGAGCAGCAUGCACCGCGGAAGUUGGUCGCACAGCUGCAAUUGGACGUGCAUCAAAGCAUCUCUAGCGUUGCCAUCUCCGACGACGGCAAAUUGCUCGCUGCGUGCACCGACACGGAGGUCAAGAUCUUCCAACUUCGGAAGCGGUCAGAUGCAGAUGCUCUUGCAAUUCGCAAGCUGGAGGUUCCGGAUGAUAUGGGAUCUUUAGGAGCACGACUCGUGCAAUUCUCACCGGAUGGUAAAUGGCUUGCUGCUGUCACGCCUGACAAUGAGGUGCAAGUCGCUCGCAUCGAAUCUAUUCCCGGCAAACCAAGACAGAUUCAGAUUUUGAACAAGCUGGUCGAGCUGGAACGCCAAUCUCGCUCAGAUUCUCUGCAAAGUGGCUUCAAGCAGUACGAGCGCACAGUCUGCCGAAUCAGCUUCUCAACCGACAGCGCCGUGUUGGUGACAGCCGAUCUCGCCGGCUAUCUCGACUCUUGGGUCCUCGAAGGCCACGAAGACCUCACCGCGCCCGCUGUGGACAUUAUCCCGAACAAAUCCGCGAAUCCUGACCCCGCCGCCUCUUCAGAAGACGACGACAGCUCCGACGACGAUGAAGAGGAUUACACUUUCUACGGCCAGCACUGGGCAGCCAACCCUUCCGCCCAUCUCCUACCUCAACUCCCCUCUUUCCCCCUCGUCCUCUCCUUCCGUCCGUCUCCGACCACAGAUCCCGUGCACGUCAACGGCAAUCCUGGCGUCCACUCGACUCGUCACAACCCUCACGCUCGCUCUCGCGCUCUCCCUCCCGGGCCACACCACCUCUGGAUCCUGACUUCAACCCAUGAAAUGUAUGAGCUCGACGUUCUGGCCGGAAAAUUGACGGACUGGAGUCGCGCAAACCCCACCUCGGUCCUCCCCGAGGACUUCACAAAGCUCAAAGACCGGGCUAUGGGCGUCGUGUGGGACGUGAGUCCCGCCGGCGCAGAGAGGAAACGUGAACGAGUCUGGGUCUACGGCAGCUCAUGGGUGUGCAUGUUGAACGUGGGCGGCGAUCUGGCACCUCUGGUUGGUGGAGCAAAGAGGAGGAGGAUGAGUGAAGGACGGAUGAUUCUGCCUGUUGGGAAGAAAUUGAAAGGAACGAGUGGAGCGGGACCCAAGAUGCCAGAGAUAUACCGAGAAGGAAUGCCUAGCGCUGUGAGGAGAAUUGAUGGUGCGAAGAGUGAGGACGUUUUGCUGGAUGGGCGAGCUGAGAAGGUCGAGGAGGACAUGGAGGACGACGAAGAAGGUGAGACGAGGCUGAGAUUGAUGAGGAUGGAGAGUGGAGGAGAGGACUCGCAGCAGUUGGUGACGGCCGAGGGAGGCAAGGCGGAAAGGAAAUGGUGGGUCACGUUCAAGUACCGGUAUAUCUUAGGCAUGGUGCCGCUUGCCGAUGUCGAGGAGGCUGAAGAUGGAGAGAAGGCAGUCGAGGUGGUGUUGGUAGAGAGGCCGUUAUGGGAGGCCGAAGAGACGAAGUAG